UCUAGGGGUCUUCAUGGAUUUGGUCCCGGAACCGGAAGAAGGUGAGAUUGGCGUCGAGGAUGUGGCUGUGAGGCACGAGACUGCUGCCGCGACAGUCGAUUCAAUAGAAUCGGAGAUAGCAUCGUUGGAUGCUGCGAAAGAUGGAGCUUGUGAUGAUAUCAUCGAUUUGGCCUCCGAGGAGGAUAUGGAUUGUUCCGAUGAUCCAGUACUGCCUCAAGCAAACUCCCGGAAAAGAAAAUCCAUCUCACGCAGAGACGAUGGAGCAUCUGUUCAAGUGACUUACACCAAACUUUCGAGGAAAAGCCAGAAGAAACUGCAAGAGGUUUUACUGCAUUGGUCUGAAUGGCAUGCUGCACAAAGCUUUGAAGAUGAUGAAGUACGAGAAGGCGGCACGGAAACGUAUUUCCCAGCUCUGUCAGUAGGGAAAACUAAAAUGAACUUUUGGGAAGACAAGCCCUCAAAACGAGCUUGUGUUCUGGAAGAGAGACAAACGGAAGUUCCUCUGUAUGAUCGUGGAUGUAGUGCCGUUUUGCAGCCUCUGGAGUUUCUUUCAGAUCAAGGGCACUUGGAGAUUCCGGACGAGGCGUCGAGGUGUUUUAACUGCGGCUCCUACAGCCACGCUCUCAGGGAUUGCCAGAGACAGCGGGAUAUGUCUGCUAUCAACAGCGCUCGUAAGCUUUUCAUGUCAAGAAAAGGAGGGUCCAACACUCCUUCUCGCCGCUACUACGAGAGCACUCCAAAUGGGAAGUUUGACGACAUCAAACCCGGAUCGCUGCUGAGCGAAACCAGACGGUCCCUGGGGAUUGGAGAGAAAGACCCGCCUCCGUGGCUUCAGCGAAUGCGAGAAAUCGGCUAUCCUCCUGGAUAUAUGGCUACCGAGACAGACGAGGACGAACCGUCUGGACUCAUCAUGUUUGGAGAGGACAAUCCUUUAUCUUUCACGGAGGAUGGAGAGAUAAUCGAAGCGAAGCCACCAUCCUCAACGUCCCAGAAGAUGACAGUCGAGUUCCCUGGCAUCAACGCACCCAUUCCAGAAGACGCAGACAAGAGACUCUGGUCUCGGAGCCCCAGAGAAGCGGUGGCUCUGCACAGAUCCUUGUCCGACAGUGGGAGGAGAAGGUCUCGACCUGAUGAUUACUUGACACCUCCAGGAGAAAAAUCUCCCGCUCGUGAUCGUGACCGAGACCGGGACCGCGACCGAGAUCGCCACUCUUCCCGACAUUCGCCAUCUUUGUCCGGCCGACGAGAGCGGAGCAGUGCAUGGGCCCAAGCUGAAGCUGCUCUGGAUUCGGUUCGAUCCAGCUACAGAAAGUAGGAAGACAGCAACCUUUUGUAACAGCAACAGCCGAGAAAAAGAAGCAUUUGAUAGACGCCAAAGCCUGGCAUGGCGGUCUCCCCGUGGUCAAGUAUCGGCCCCGCCACUUUGAUGCGCACUUAGGUGAUCUGUAUCAUAUCAGCUUUAUCCACUACACACAGCUGCACGAUAAACUAUCAUGUAGACAUCCUGGGUACGUUGUUCCCUUUCUUUCUUGCUCUUGUAGCUCUAGCUUAGUAGCUAGUGGAUUGCUGAUCUCUGGGGUGAUCAUGAGGCAGUAACUGGGAACCAGUGCUCGUCCGCUGGGUGGGGUCUGGCGUUCCUUUUGCUCCUUGAUGAUUGCCCGCCGUGGUACACCCGGGUACGUAGACUGUGAUUUUCCGUACGUGGUAGAGGUGGUCGGCUGAGUGGGGGGCACACACUGGAAGGAUCCUCUCGCAGGAACUUAGCUAUUGGCAGAAUAUUCAGGAACACGGAAAGAGCGUUACAGUGAAGGAAUCCCUCCGGAGAAGUCGAUGGUCGCGGGAAAGAGCAGAAGUUAAGGUGGUGAUUAGCGCACGAGUAUGGAAGGAUUGUGGGAUAAGUAGUGGGGACUUGUCGGCUUCACACACAGGGAAUGGGGGGAGUUAUAGAACUUCUUUCUCUACACUUGGGGGUGGGCUCCUCCCUCCUCCCUUUCCAAGUUGCAAAGCAAAGCGGAGCAAAGUAAGAUGCUCCUCCACGAUCUCGAGUCUGAAGCUUGAAGGCUGAGAGAGAGAGCGAGAGAGAGAGAAAGCUCUAAACUACUACGAAGAGACGAGAGAUGAAGACGAGCAAGCUUCGCAAAGCCAGCUAAAGCUACAGGUGUUUGUGGUCGUGGUUCUGGAAAGGGAAAAAAGGAAAGAGAGAAAAUGGUGUCUGGCUGUGAGGAUUAUCCAUCCUCACAUCAUCAUCGCUCCACCACCACCAGCACCACCCCAGGCAAUUUCUCUAUACACACCUCGCUUCUACUUC